GGUUUCCUGUUCUGUGUGAUUUGAUUUGGUACCAUUGUCUUUCCGGUCUUUGAACGUUUCUAUCUUCAAGUAUAAGAAGUAUAUUUUCUGAGGACUUGUCGCUGAAUUCCCCAAUCAUUCGCCGGGUAAACGUCACACGAGCAGAAGCACAGCAUUUUCACUUCAUAGCAUAUCAAAAUCUCGAAGCUUUCAAUGCCAAGUAGAACAGAAUCUACAGAAACCAAAAUGCCCCUUCGCGUCUUGGUGGUUGGAGCCGGAUUGGCCGGUCUAGCAGCAGCACUUUCCACAAAGCUCGCGAAUCCAUCGCAUGAAGUAACGAUUUUGGAAACUGUGUCAGAAUUAGCAGAAGUUGGGGCAGGACUACAGAUCACACCCAAUGCAUCUAGACUCUUCAAGAAGUGGGGAAUCUACGAUGAUCUGGCUCCCAAAGCUACAUUUCCAAAAACGCUCUCGGUAUGGCGAUAUGAUGGCACGAAACGCUUAGCAUAUUCUCCAGAUUUCCAAGAAAAGAUAGAUGAGAGAUACGGAGCUCCUUUUUGGGGAAUGCAUCGAGUAGAUCUACAACGUGCUCUGUGCGCUAGAUGUGAUGAGCUAGGAGUCACCAUUCGCUUAUCAUCCAGAGUCAAGAGUGUCGACUUCGAGAAUACAGUGAUUACAUUAGAGGGUGGAAAGACGGUGGAAGGAGAUGUUAUACUCUGCACAGAUGGCAUUUAUUCGUCUACGAGAUCACAAUUUCUAGGCCAUGAAUGUCCGCCAAAUCCAACUGGAGAUCUCGCGUACAGAAUUGUGAUUGAUAAAUCUACAAUAAGCGGACCAGAUGGAGAGAAGCUUACUGCGUUUAUUGAUUCCCACUCCGUCAAUUUUUGGGCAGGUUCAGGUACUCAUGUAGUUUCAUAUACUAUGCGUGGAGGUGAUCUAUUCAAUAUCGUUCUCCUCUGUCCCGACAAUCUCCCACCCGGUCUUUCUCGCACAGCAGGAGACUUGGAGGAAAUGAAAGGGCUUUUCGAAGGCUGGGAUCCAAUUCUAAGAGCAUUUUUGGAACAAGUCAAAGAAGUAGCGAAAUGGAGAUUGAUGCAUUUGGAGACAUUGGAACGAUGGACGAGCGAAAAAGGAAAUUUCUGGAUGGCGGGGGAUGCUUGUCAUCCUAUGCUUCCAUACUUAGCGCAAGGUGCAAACUCGAGUUUGGAAGAUGGAGCAGUAAUGGGGUAUUUGCUGGGGAAAGUAAAUGUAGAGACGAAAGAUGAGCAGUUGAAGAAAGCGGCGAGGAUUUAUGAAGAAUUGAGGAAAGGGAGAGGAGAAAGGAUCGCGAGGGAAACAUGGGGGCAGAGGGAAAGUUUCCACAUGGUGGAGGGCGAGGAACAGGUCAGGAGAGAUGCGAUUCUAAUGGCGGGACCGACUGAAGCAGGUGGCUUCCCCAGUAGAUGGCAGGAUUUUGGAGGCGCACAGAAGUGGUUGUAUGGGUAUGAUGCUUAUGUGGAGGCGGAGAAAGGGUAUGAGAAGGCCCCAUUUUAGAUGUGAGAGGUGUGCAUUAUUUUUGGAUAUUAAAUAGCGAAUUUAUUGGGAAUUUAUUCUUAAUGAUCUUCUCCUUGUGGUAUUAAAUUUGGCAUUAUACGUUUUGGGAAUAGGAAGUUAUAGUUAAGCUCUGAAAUCCAUAUUUGAGUAUUCA